UACCGUUCCUAGCUUUGCCGGCUUCCUUGAGUGGCUCAGUGGUGCCCGCAACAUACUGUUCAUACUCCUUCCAGGUUCCUGCUCCUUCCAGCCAUGGCUUGCAGAGUCCUUCUGUUAUCAGUCUUGACCUUAUGUCGAGGGUUCAACCUGGACACUGAAAACCCAAUGACCUUCCAAGAGAACGCAAGGGGCUUUGGGCAGAGCGUGGCCCAGCUUGAGGGAUCCAGGGUGGUGGUUGGAGCCCCCCAGGAGAUAAAGGCUGCCAACCAAACAGGCGGCCUCUACCAGUGUGACUACAGCAUAGGCUCAUGUGAGCCCAUCCGCCUGCAGGCCCCCCCAGAGGCUGUGAACAUGUCUCUGGGCCUGUCCCUGGCAGCUGCCACCAACCCCUCCCGGCUGCUGGCCUGUGGCCCCACGGUGCACCAGACUUGCAAGGAGAACACGUAUGUGAAAGGCUUAUGCUUCCUGUUUGGAUCCAACCUACUGCAGGAGCCCCAGAGGUUCCCAGGGGCCCUCAAAGGGUGUCCUCAACAGGAUAGUGACAUUGCCUUUUUAAUUGAUGGCUCUGGUAGCAUCAAGACAAAUGACUUUUAUCGGAUGAAGGAUUUUGUCUCAACUGUGAUGGAGCAAUUUGAAAAGUCCAAAACCUUGUUCUCUUUGAUGCAGUACUCUGAUACCUUCAGGACUCAUUUCACCUUCAAAGAUUUCCAGGAAAACCCUAACCCAAGAUCGCUGGUGAGGCCAAUACCACAGCUGUACGGGAGGACGCACACUGCCACAGGAAUCCUCAAAGUAGUAAAAGAACUGUUUUCCGUUGCCAAGGGAGCCCGGGAGAAUGCCCUUAAGAUCCUAGUCGUCAUCACAGAUGGAGAAAAGUUUGGUGACCCUUUGACAUAUGAUGAUGUCAUCCCUGAGGCAAACAGACAAAGGGUCAUUCGCUAUGUCAUUGGGGUGGGGUCUGCCUUCAGCAAUGACAGAUCCCGAGAAGAGCUUAAUACCAUUGCAUCCAUUCCAUCUCGUGAUCACGUGUUCCGGGUGAAUAACUUUGAAGCUCUGAAGACCAUUCAGAACCAGCUUCAGGAAAAGAUCUUUGCGAUUGAGGGAACUCAGACAGGGAGUACCAGCUCCUUUGAGCAUGAGAUGUCUCAAGAAGGCUUCAGUGCGGCCAUCACCUCUAAUGGUCCCUUGCUGGGUGCUGUCGGGAGUUUUGACUGGGCUGGUGGAGCCUUUCUAUAUACAUCAAAGGAAAAAUUCACCUUCAUCAACACAACCAGGGUAGAUUCAGAUAUGAAUGAUGCUUACUUGGGUUAUGCCGCCACAGUCAUCUUGCGGAACCGGGUGCAAAGCCUGGUUCUGGGGGCACCCCGAUAUCAGCAUAUUGGCCUGGUGGUGAUGUUCAGACAGAACGCUGACACCUGGGAGUUCAACGCUAAUAUCAAGGGGAGCCAGAUUGGCUCCUACUUCGGGGCCUCCCUCUGCUCUGUGGACAUGGACAGCAGUGGCAGCACUAACCUUGUCCUCAUCGGGGCCCCCCACUACUACGAGCAGACCCGGGGGGGCCAGGUGUCUGUGUGCCCCCUGCCCCGGCAGCAGAGGGCUCGGUGGCAGUGUGAUGCUGUUCUCCACGGUGAGCAGGGCCACCCCUGGGGCCGCUUUGGGGCAGCCCUCACAGCGCUGGGGGAUGUGAAUGGGGACAAGCUGACGGAUGUGGCCAUUGGGGCCCCAGGAGAGGAGGAGAACCGGGGUGCUGUCUACAUUUUUCAUGGAACCUCAGGAUUUGGCAUCAGCUCCUCCCACAGUCAGAGGAUCUCAGGUUCCCAGCUCUCUCCCAGGCUCCAGUAUUUUGGUCAGUCACUGAGCGGGGGCCAGGACCUCACAAUGGACGGACUGGUGGACCUGACUAUAGGGGCCCAGGGGCAGGUACUGCUGCUGAGGUCCCAGCCAGUGCUGAGAGUUGAAGUGACCAUGGAGUUCACACCCAGGGAAGUGGCAAGGAGUGUUUUUGAGUGUAAUGAACAGGCGGCAAAAAGCCGAGAUGCUGGGGAGGUCAGAGUCUGCCUCCGUGUCCACAAGAGCACACGGGAUCGGCUGAGAGAAGGAGAGAUCCAGAGCUUCAUCACUUACGACCUGGCUCUGGACUCUGGCCGCCCGAAAUCCCGAGCCAUCUUCGAUGAGACAAAGAACAGCACACGCAGACAGCAACAGACCUUGGGGCUGACGCAGAAAUGUGAGACUCUGAAGAUACAGCUGCCGGAUUGCAUAGAGGAGUCAGUGAGUCCCAUCUCCCUGCGCCUCAACUUCUCUCUGGUGGGGAAGCCUUUGUCCUCUUUCGGGAACCUUCGGCCAGUGCUCGCUGUGGACGCUCAGAGAUCCUUCACAGCUUUGUUUCCUUUUGAGAAGAAUUGUGGCAAUGACAACAUCUGCCAGGAUGACCUCAGCAUCACCUUCAGUUUUAUGAACCUGGACACCCUGGUGGUGGGUGGUCCCCGGGAAUUCAACGUGACAGUGACUGUGAGAAAUGAGGGUGAGGACUCCUACAGGACUCAGGUCACCUUCGUCCACCCAUCUGGUUUGUCCUACCGGAAGGUGUCAGGAGCCCAGAAUCAGCACUCACAGCGCUCCUGGCGCCUGACCUGCGAGUCUGUCUCCUCCACAGAAGGGCCUGGGGGCGUGAAGAGCACCAGGUGCAACGUAAACAACCCCAUCUUCCCAGACAACUCGGAGGUCACCUUUAAUGUAACGUUUGAUGUGGACUCUAAAGCUUCCCUUGGAAACAAGCUGCUCCUCAGGGCCAAUGUGACCAGUGAGAACAACAUGCCCGGGACCAACAAGACCGCGUUCCAGCUGGAGCUGCCCGUCAAGUACGCCGUGUCCAUGGCGGUCGUCAGCCAUGAGGUCUCCACUAAAUACCUCAACUUCACGGCCUCAGAGAAGACCAGUAAGGCUAUGCAGCACCGAUACCAGCUCAACAACCUGGGGCAGAGGAGCCUCCCCAUCAGUGUGGUCUUCUGGGUCCCCGUCCGGCUGAACCAGGUGACCGUGUGGGACAGCCCCCAGGUCACCUUCUCCCAGAACCUCUCAAACACCUGCCACACCGAGGAGAGACUCCCCCCUCGCUCUGACUUCCUGGCUGAGCUGAAGAAGACACCAGUGCUGAACUGCUCCAUUGCUGUCUGCCAGAGAACCCAGUGCGACAUCCCAUUCUUCAGCAUCGAGGAAGAAUUAGAUGUCACCCUCACGGGCAACCUCUCGUUUGACUGGUAUAUCAAGACUUCGCACAACCACCUUCUGGUCGUGAGCACAGCUGAGAUCUUGUUUAACAAGUCGAUGUUUGCCCUGCUUCCGGGACAGAGCACGUUCGUGAGGGCCCAGACGGAGACCAAAGUGGAGCCGUAUGAAGUUCACAACCCUGUGCCGCUCAUCGUGGGCAGCUCCAUCGGGGGGCUGGUGCUCCUGGCCCUCAUCACGGCCGGGCUGUACAAGCUCGGCUUCUUCAAACGACAGUACAAGGACAUGAUGAGCGAAGCUGGUCCCCAAGAGGCCCCACCCGAGUAACCGCUCCUUCCCCACUGCGUGGCCCUGCCCGCAGCCAGCAGGACGUCAGUCGGACAACGUGCGGGUCCCCCGGCUGCUGGACAGACAUGUCCAUCAGGAGACGGGUGGUGAGGUCUCACUCGGAAGAGACCUGCCUGGUUUCCACUGUGUGUGCAAGUGUGUGCGUGAGUGUGUGUAGGCCGCGUGUGUGACUCAGACGCCUCCUGGGUGUGCGCGAGUGUCUGCGAGCCUCGCAGGCGGAGGGAUUGCUUUGCUUCCUUGUGUGUGGGCGCGGAUGCUGCCGGGCCUUCCUCCUCCCUCCUGCUGGAGGAAGUGAGACUGCCCUCGUGGGCGCGGGCGGACCGGCAGGAGCCCACCCAGCGAGCUCUGAGACUGUGGGGAAGCCGUGGGUGGACCCACAGGCGCCUGUGCAAACCCCCCCCACUAGAGCUGGGGGGCCCACGGUGUCCAAUGAGGAAUGAUAAAUCUCCCUUUGUGUAUUUAUGUUUUCAUGCUAGUUUUAUUUUUUGCAUUGAUAAACCUGUCCACAGACAAAAAUCAAAAGACAUUUAAGGGUGUAUUGUGAAAAGUCUCUCUUCCCUGAUAUUUAAGUCCCCUCUUCAGGGGCAGUCAAGAUUAUGUGUUUCUGGGUCUCCUUCAGGAAGAUUCUAUGCAUGUGCAAAACACACAGAUACACACCAGCUGUUUACACAAAUGGUAGCUUACUGUAUACUGUUCUGUAUCUUGCUUUUGCCAUUAAUAUAGCUCAGACAUUGGUUCACAUCUAGGCGUGAAUUACUUUUUCAUUCUUUUAUACAGCUGUGUAGUCUUCCAUUGUGUGGGUAUAUCAUGAUGUACUGGACCCGUCCUUUUUUGAUAUAUUAUUUCCAACCUCUCACUAUUAUAAACAAUGCUGAAUUAAUAAAUUGAAUAUAUGUCA